UGACUACUAACAUUUUUAAAGAAAAACUUUACAAUAGUUUUAUAUAUAUAUAUAUAUAUAUAUAUAUAUAUAUAUAUAUAUAUAUAUAUAUAUAUACACACACACACACACACACACACACUGAGACAUAGCACUGUAUGGCAUUAUUCCAGUAAUUAAGUUAUUUACAGGGGGAAACUUUGCAAAUCGAGACUUCUGUUCAUUUUGCAGUUACUUUACAAAGUAAUGUUAAAAACUAUGCUGCACAAAACUAUUUUUAAUUAUCGACACAUGAUUGAUCUUCUAACGAGCAGUGCGUGAAUUCUACUAUAAACUGUUCUCGAUUUUUUAAAUUACUUUGUAGCUGUUUUUGUAGGGGCAAUUUUUAUACGCUGGGAGCAGGAAAAUCUAUUUAGAGCGCCUUAUUGUAUUAAUUAAAAUAUCGAUAUUUGGACCAGUGUAUCGAUUCACGUAACGUAUGUCAUGGCGAAGUACGACGACGAUAUAUCGAUAUUUUGUCCCACCUCUACUAAUUUUAGCUCUGGCUUCGUGUGGAUGUGGCCUAACGUUAGGUGUCAAAGGAAAGUCACCAGAGUAAGUUACAGUGUGCACUUAUUUUUUCACCGUGAUAUCUAACGUUCCGUUGCUAUGGUUACCGCCUCAAGCCAAAGCAGCUGGUGAAAAUAAAUAAAUAAAUAAAUCUUACUUUUGUUGUCAUUGAAACGUUUAAAUAAACAACUGAAAAGAGUGGGCUGUAUAAACUCUUAGGUAUGUACAAAAAUGUAUGUCUCUUCCAAAAAUCGCACCUGACCAUGAAGUAUGGAAUCGUGAUUUUGUUUAUUAAUUUAAUGAAUCUUACAAUGGCCCAAAAUUAAAGCCAUUUUUUGCACAAAAAUGCGCGUUUUGACAAAGAACGUAUUUCUUUGGUAUCCUAAAAUCAGUCUCGCUUUAAAUAAAUAUAAAACAUAGUGAUUUUUCUAAAAAUAAAAAUUAAAUAAAUAAAUAAAAUAGGCCUACAGACUUCGCAGAUGUCGAGAUGCCCACUAAUCCUGAAAAAGGCUAAUAAACCGGAAGUCUCGACCAUAGGUUUACUUCCGCGUUGAAGAAAAAGCUAUCAAUUCUCUUGGGAGAGGCAUCAUGGUUUAGGCCCAACCAAGGAGGCGUCCUGUAAAAACCUUCCGAGGACUGUUCCAGCCACAUCAUAUGAGAGCUGAAAACGCAGGCCUUUCAUUAUCACCGUAGAGGAGCGUAACCUACAGUGCCUUACAGGAGAGAGUCUCGGCAGGAAGUCAGUCAUUAGUGGAUAGUUGUGGAUACUCAUGGCAUCGUCAGACCACCAAGGAAACAAGGACCCCACAAACACAGAAGGGACGCCGUCCCCUGGCACAUCUUGCCCCGUCCACAGCCACGCUGCUGAAGAAGCGAAGCGGAAUGGCUUGAGGAAAGCCCUGGUCAGACAUCGUGACUACGUCAAAAUCUCCGUACCUGAAGGAAAGGGCAAGCGAUUGCUGUCGGAAUGGUGGAAGACGUUCAUCGCUUUGUUUUAUGCCGUUUUGAACCUGGUUUUGACCACGGUUAUGAUCACAGUGGUUCAUGAGAGAGUACCACCCAAGGAGAGCAGCCCACCGCUGCCGGAUAAGUUCUUUGACUAUAUAGACCGUGUGCAGUGGGCAUUUACAGUGACUGAGGUCAAUGGAAUGGUUCUGGUGUCGAUAUGGUCCAUUCAAUUGCUCUUUCACAGAUACAAGGCUAUUAUAGCAAGACGAUAUUUCUUCAUUUUGGGCACAUUGUACAUGUAUAGAUGCAUAACCAUGUACGUCACCACUCUACCCGUGCCUGGCAUGCACAUGGUCUGUGCACCAAAGCUCCACGGAGAUUCCCAGGCAAAGCUGCAGCGUGUUCUGCAGUUGCUCUCUGGCGGUGGAUUAUCAAUCACCGGAUCUCAUCUGUUGUGUGGCGACUUCCUCUAUAGUGGCCACACUGUCAUUCUCACGCUCACGUACCUCUUCCUCAAGGAGUAUUCUCCUCGUUCUUUCUGGUGGUACCAUCUUUUGUGUUGGUUAACGGCUGCUGUGGGUGUCGUGUGUAUCCUGGUGGCCCAUGAGCACUACAGUGUGGACGUGGUGGUGGCGUAUUUCAUCACCACCCGACUGUUCUACUGGUAUCACACUAUGGCUAAUCUGCAGACUUUAAAGUGUUCUCCGAACAACUACCUCACUCACACCUGGUGGAACCCCGUGUUUAACUUCUUCGAGAGGAAUGUCCAGACCCAAGUGCCCUGUUCUUUCUGCUGGCCAAUCACAUGGCCGCCUGCCUGUCUGAAGAACCCCUGUAAGAAAUAUUCCAUGGUGCAGAGCGGCCGGGAGGAGUGACGUCGUGAACUCAUCGCGAUGCCUAGACCAACAUGUGGAAAUGCUUUGUAUUUCGCUUGUGGCUAUCUCAGUGUUUACGCCAUACCAAAGAACAAAGACUGUUUGGCUAUUGUUGCUAAUUAGAUCUCUGAUAACAUUGGGCUAAACAGUUCAAACUCAAUAUUAUUUGACAAGUGAUGGUUGAUAUUUUUACAUUAAUUUAUAUUCAGUCAAUGUGGCCAUUUAAAUAAACACUUUUAUAAGUACUUGAAGGGCCAGCUGAAAGUAUUAUGUUUGGAAAAUGAUGGAUUUUUUUCUGUCAGAACAGAUCUAUCAGUUUGUGCAUGCUUCUUAGUCAUAUUUUCCCUUGUCUGUUUAUUAAAUUGUCCUCGAAAACACGUUUGUCAUAAAAAGUGUUGUUUAACUGGGUUUCAUUAAUUUUAUACACUAUUUUAUUUUAGA